CUUGCCAACUGGGUGGGGCCCCCCCGGACACCGGGGCCGCCACCCCCCGCCUCCCCCUCGGCCUCAUCUGGACCAUCAUCCUCCGCUUCCAGAUCCAGGUGAUCAAAAUCAAGACGGAAGACAACCGGGAGACGCGCUCGGCCAAGGACGCUCUCCUCCUCUGGUGCCAGAUGAAGACGGCGGGCUACCCCGAGGUGAACAUCCAGAACUUCACCACCAGUUGGAGGGACGGGUUGGCCUUCAACGCCCUCAUCCACAAGCACAGGUUCGCCGGGGGGUGGGGGGAGAAGAUGGGGGACGUCAACAUGGAGGACCCCGACGAGAAGUCCAUCAUCACCUACGUGGUGUCCUUCUACCACUACUUCUCCAAGAUGAAGGCGCUGGCUGUGGAGGGGAAGCGCAUCGGGAAGGUUCUGGACCAGGCCAUGGAGAUCGAGGCCAUCAUCCAGCGGUACGAGGCGCUGGCGGCCGAGCUGCUGGCCUGGAUCCACCACACCGUCGCCCUCAUCGGCAACCAGAAGUUCGCCAACUCCCUGACGGGCGUCCAGCAGCAGCUCCAGGCCUUCACCGCCUUCUGCACCUUGGAGAAACCCGUCAAGUUCCAAGAGAAGGGCAACCUGGAGGUCCUCCUCUUCACCAUCCAGAGCAAGCUACGGGCCACCAACCGCAAGCUCUACGUCCCCAGCGAGGGCAAGAGCAUCUCCGACAUCAAUAAGGCUUGGACCUGUUUGGAGAAGGCGGAGCACGAGCGGGAGGUGGCGUUGCGCAACGAGCUGAUCCGGCAGGAGAAGUUGGAGCUGUUGGCCCAACGUUUCGACCACAAGGCCGUCAUGAGGGAGACGUGGCUGAACGAGAACCAACGCUUGGUCUCGCAGGACAACUUUGGCUACGACCUGCCAGCGGUGGAGGCCGCCAUGAAGAAGCACGAGGCCAUCGAGGCCGACAUCUCCUCCUACCAAGAGCGCAUCCAGGUGGUGGUGGAGCUGGCCCUGGAGAUGGAGUCCGAGGGCUACUACGACACCAAACGCAUCAGCGCCCAGAAGGACAACAUCCUUCGGCAGUGGGGGCUGUUGACCGAACUGGUCUGCGCCCGCCGGGCCCGUCUGGAGCAGAACCUGGCCCUCCAGAAGAUCUUCCAGGAGAUGGUCUACAUGAUUGACUGGAUGGAGGAGAUGCAGGUGCUGCUGCUCUCCAAGGAUUUGGGGAAACAUCUUCUGGAGGUUGAGGACCUGCUGCAGAAGCACGGGCUGCUGGAGGCCGACAUCUCCGCCCAAACGGAGCGGGUGCAGGCGCUCAACGCCGCCGCGCUCAAGUUCUCCGAGCUGGAGGGUUACCAACCCUGCGACCCCCAGAUCAUCUGCAACCGGGUCAACCACGUCCAGACGUGCCUGGAGGAACUGGGAGAACUGGCCAGCAAGAGGCGCAAGGAGCUGGAGGACUCCCGCCAGCUUUGGGCCUUCUUCCAGGAGAUGGAGGAGGCCGAGGCCUGGAUCCGCGAGAAGGAGCAGAUCCUGGCGGCCAAGACGUGGCCUUCCGCAGGUGCUGCUAUCCUGGCGGCCAAGACGUGUGGCCGGGACCUGAGCAGCGUCUUGACCUUGACCAACAAACACAAGAGCAUGUUGGGCGAACUGGGCAGCCGCCGGGCGCUGUUGCACCAGACCAUGAAGAGGGGCGAGCAGAUCUUGGCCAAGAAACGCUUCAGCCCCGGCGGCAUCCAGGAGAAGAUGCGGGAGGUCCGCCUCCGCUGGAAGAAGCUGGAGGAGGUGACGGGGUUACACCAACAGCGGUUGCAGGAGGCCCUCAACUUCUUCCAGUUCAGCGCCGAGACGGACGACUUGGUGGCCUGGUUGCAGGACACCUACCGCAUCGUCUCCAGCGACGACUUUGGCCACGACGACUAUUCCACCCAAGCUCUUCUACGGAAGCACCGGGCGGUGGUGGAAGAGGUGGAGAAGCACCGGGCGGCCGUGUUGGCCCUCCGGAAGCAGUUGGCUCUUCUGGCGCCCGAACACCGUCAAGGGGUGGACGUGCAGAUCCGGGUGGUGGAGGUGGAGCAGCUCUACGGGGAGGUGGCCGAGGUGGCCGUGUUGCGGCAGCAGUGGUUGCAGGACGCUUUGGCCGUCUACCGGAUGUUCAGCGAGGUGCACGCCUGCGAGGUGUGGGUGGACGAGAAGGAGCAGUGGUUGGAGAGGAUGGAGGUGCCGGAGGAGCUGGAUGAGGUGGAGGUGGUCCAGCAUAGGUUCGAGAGUUUGGACCAGGAGAUGAACAGCGUCAUGGGACGGAUCUUGGAUGUCAACCAGGUGGUGCAGCAGUUGGUGGACGGGGGGCACCCCAGCUCGGAGGAGGUCCGCUCCUGCCAGGACCACCUCAACAGCAGGUGGAACCGGGUGGUGGAACUGGUGGAGCGCAAGAAGGGUCAACUCAGCUCCGUCCUGAAGAUCCAGAACUACCUGCUGGAGUGCAGCGAGAUGAAGGCGCAGGUGCGGGAGAAGCGCAAAGCCAUCGAAGCCACCCAAGCGGGCGGCGGCGACCUGGGGGGAGUGUUGGCUUUGCAACGCCGCCUCUCCACCAUGGAGGCGGCUCUGGUGGUUUUGGAACCUCGGUUGGUGGAGCUGCAACGGGAAGGCGAAGCCUUGGCCGCCUCCCACCCGGGGAGAGCCCUGGAGAUCCUGCUGCCCUUCGAGCAGAUCAGCGAGGAGUGGGAGGCCCUCAAGAGGGCGUUGCAAGGUUGCGAGGACUCCUUGACCAUCGCCGGGCGCUUGCAAGAGUUCAUCCAAGAUCUGGACAACUUCUUGGGUUGGUUGGUGAAGACGCAAGCGGCCGUGGCCUCCCAGGAGCUGCCGGAUAACUUGAGCCAAGCGGAGAGGUUGCUCAACCAACACGCGGCCCUCAAGGAGGAGAUCAACGGCUACGAGGAGGACUACGCCAAGAUCCAAGCGGCCAGCGACCUCUUGGCCUUGGAGGAGACGGAGGUGCCCUACCUCUCCUUGCAGCAGUGGCUGCAGAAGCUGGACGCGGGCUGGGGGAAGCUGCUGCAGAGCUGGGAGACGCGACGGGAGGCGCUGGUGCAAUCUCACGUCUUCCACCUCUUCCUCCGAGACGUCCAACAGUGCCAAACCAGUCUCUACAACCAGGAAGGUGAAGAACUUCUCCUGGCCAAACCCGAAUUAACCGGCGCCGUUCGACGCCAACUGGAAGAGCUCCGCCAAUGUUGGGUAGAGUUGGAGACCACCAGCCAAGCCAGGAGCCGGCGACCCCUCAAGGAACGCAGGAGAAUCCUCCUGGCCUCCAAGGAGGUCCACCAGGUCAGCCACGAGCUGGAGGACGAGGUGCUGUGGGUGCAGGACCGCCUGCCCUUGGCCACGCUGAAGGACCACGGCACCAACCUCCAGACGGUCCAGCAGUACAUCAAGAAGAACCAGAACCUCCGGCGGGAGAUCCAGGUCCACCGUCCUCGCAUCGACGAGGUGUUGGAACGCGCCGGAGCCGUCGCCACCAUCAAAAGUCCCGAAGCCGAAGGGGUGCGCCGUCUUCUGGAGCGUUUGGGGACGAUGUGGGGGGAACUGCAGGAGCAGGCGGAGCGUCGGCAGCAAACUUUGGAUGCCACCUACCAACUGGAGCAGUACUACUUCGACGUGGCCGAGGUGGAGUCGUGGUUGGGCGAGCAGGAGCUGCUGUUGAUGAGCGAGGAGAAGGGGAAGGACGAGCAGAGCACCCUCCAACUCCUCAAGAAGCAUCUCCUGACGGAGCAAACGGUGGAGAACUACGAGGAGACCAUCGCCCAACUCUCCCGCCAAUGCCGGGCCCUUCUGGAACUUGGCCACCCUCAAAGCGAACAGGUCAGCAGGCGGCAGUCGCAGGUUGACCGGCUGUACGUGUCUCUGAAGGACCUGGUGGAGGAACGCAAGGCCAAGUUGGAGCAGCAAUAUUGGCUCUACCAGCUCAACCGCGAGGUGGACGAGCUGGAGCACUGGAUCGCCGAGAAGGAGGUGGUGGCCGGCUCACCGGAGCUGGGACAGGACUUCGAACACGUCACGAUCCGCUUCGUCGGCGCCGUGAGGGACCUUCUGGCCUGGAUGGACGGAGUCCUCUGCCAGAUGGGCGCCGGAGAGAAGCCCAGGGACGUCUCCUCGGUGGAGCUGCUGAUGAACGACCACCAAGGGCUCAAGAGCGAGAUCGAAGCCCGCGGGAAGAGCAUCGCCGCCUGCCUGGAGCUGGGCAAGACCCUCAUCCUCAGCAAGAGCCCGGCGGCCGGUGAGAUCAAAGUCCACGUGGAGAAGCUGCUGGCGAAGAAGAAGGAGAUGAUGGAGAAGUGGGACAAGCACUGGGAAUGGCUGCAGCAGAGUGAGUCCCACCUUGGGGGGGUGGUGGUGGGGACAUCCGAUGAUGGGACAUCAUCCCCAUCAUCUCCAUCCCCUGUCAGAUGCAAAGCCACGUUGGCGGACAUCGUGGAGCAGCUGCAGGAGAAGGAGGCUGGGGGCACCUUGCCGGCAUCCUGGGUGAACCUCUACUGCGUCCUGAGCAAGGGUGACCUGGGCUUCUACAAGGACGCCAAGGGCCAAGCGGCCGGCAGCACCCAUGGUGGUGAACCCCUCCUCAACCUCCACCACUCCACCAGCGAGGUGGCCAGCGACUACAAGAAGAAGAAGAACGUCUUCAAACUCAA